CUUUACACUUGGCUGUCCUCGUGAGUUACCAGGAUGAACAUCGCUCUAUGAAGAUGUCGUGCCAGGUCAUAGUAAAUUAAAUGCAACGGAGUGUGUAUUCUAAGACACGAAAGAAUAAUCAGGAACUAAAUGAGUGGAAGGACUCAAUCCAGUUCGGGAACAUGCGCAGGGCCACACAUUCUGGAUUGAAAAGAGGACGGAAAGGUAUUCAGAGUUUGCGCUUCUUUGCUGGCCGUUCCUUGCCCGGUGGAUCCUCCUCAAUCAAAGCCUUGGCCUUGAGUACCAACCCGAUCUCCUUCUCGUACUCUGGACAAUUGACUGUUCUGAACACAUACGGGCAGGUUAUCCCAAGGACCCGGUGUCCAUCAACCCUGCUUUUCCCCUCGUGAGGCUGCAGGAAGCAGAAUGGCAAUGCCUCGGAAGUAUCAGAUGACCAUUCAAACCGAUCACCAAGGUCACUCAUAGUUUUGAAUCCCAAAACGGGGGUCUGCGCCAGCAUAUCUACAGCAGAUUGGGCGAUGUCCU